AUGACGGGGCAGCACGCACCGCCGUCGACCAUCAACUCGGCGUUCUCUGCUCUCUUUCAGCUGGACGAGCCGCCCACAAUCGCAAAGCGCACCCGGUCCCAAUUUCCGCUCACAGACCUCAGCCUUGACGACCUCGAAAUGCCGCUCGGCACGAGCAACAAGUUGUGGUCGUCGCUGCCAAUGGACGGAGUUGACUCUGAUGAUGAUGUCGCCUGGCUUCGAUUCCUCCACGAUCCUCGCAGCACGGAUGACGACGACGACAACGACGAUGAUUUCCGUUUCUCAAUCGACGAGAUGACGCUCUUUGACGCAGUUGAAGAGGCGGAAACAGAACGACUUCGCGUCUCACAGAAGGAAACGCUCGCACUGCGAAAAGACACGACGGUGCUGCUUCGCGAACUCGGCGCGUGA